GGGAGUGUUGUCUUCCUAUUUGAACUGACUUCUUGCUAUUUCCAAGCAUUUUAUUUGUUGUUUUAAUUAGGAUACCUUGUAGUGCUAGUAAGGAGAAUUACGGUUGUGAGAAUUGUUCGAAGUAGGUAAAUCAUGGACGACUGUGACUGGACUUCGGAGGAGAGCAACGACUCUGACCCACUCUCACCUCUGCCGCCAUUAGUGAUAUGGACAAGCAGAAGGUCAACCGCGUGUUCUCCACGGCCAACUCCACCAUCUUAUAGUACUCGUUAUCCAGCCCUUCACCACGUAUACCCCAAUAGCGGUAAUGAAGUAGCCAUAUCAAAAGUCCCCUGUUCCCAGCAAUUUCUUCAAAGCACCUCAUUCAACCCUUGGAAAGCACGAACAUCUUGCUCCGGUGUUCUUCAAGAUCAUGGUCUCAUGGACAUGGUGGAAGAUAACUUCAGGGACACUCGAUCAGAAAUCCAGAGGAACAAGGAUAUAAAGACCAGUGUUGCUUCAACCACAACUAUGGGAAACCCAUGUUUGGAUUCCUUGACAUCGGCAAUGGACAAGGAUCAAAUUUCGCAAGGUAAAAGCACACCAAGUCUCAACUGCUAUCCCGAAUCCGUUUCAGAUCACUACACCGACUACGAGGAAGUAGGGUUUCACACUGAAUAUGGCAAGAACUACAGCAAAUCUGCCGAUAUGAACGUUCACACAGGUCUUGUGCACAACUUCGAACAUUAUCCAGUAUCUUCUCCAGUGGCUAGCCUACCCGCGGAUUCCGAUCAUCACGAUCUUGAAAUAAACAACACUCAUCACACGUCUGAACCUUUUUCUGAGAAAGUUUGUCAACUUCAAUCUGACCUUCUCCAACCAGAAAAAACACUCUGCGAAGAAACCGAAACGUCACUUGAUCAGCAGCCCGAUAGGCUUGAUCGCGAACAUUCACAUCCUGGAGAAAAGCAAUAUAAAUGUAAGUAUUGCGAUACAUCUGUUUCUACUCCGUCUUGCCUAAUUCCUCAUGAAUGUACACAUCCGGAAGAGAAAUCGUUCAAGUGUACAGUGUGUGACAAAAUGUUCACUACGCAACAUAAUCUUACCCGACAUGCACGACUUCACUCAGUAGGCAAAGCGUUUCUGUGCAAGUACUGCGCAAAGCCAUUCGGUGACAAAUACGGCCUACAUGUUCAUGAACGUAUCCAUACCGGGGAGAAGCCGUUCAGGUGUGGGUAUUGUGAUAAAAUGUUUCGCCGUAAUACCGAUCUUAGAAAUCAUGAACGUAGCCAUACUGGAAAGAGACCAUAUAGUUGUAAAUCGUGCGAGAAGUCAUUCAAGACGCAAUCACAUCUCACCGUGCAUCAACGCAUCCAUACUGGAGAGCGACCACACAAGUGUAACUUGUGUGACAAGUCAUUCACGACGAAAUCAAAUCUCACAGUGCAUCAACGCAUCCAUACUGGAGAGAGACCAUACAAGUGUAAAGUAUGUGGCAAAGACUUCCGAGCAAUGUCAACUCUCGCAAAUCAUCAACGAAUCCACACUCCUGAGAGAACCUGAUCAAGUGUCAGCUAUGGUGACAAGUCUUUCAAUGUGAAAAACAACAUGGAAGACCAU